AGCAAAUGUUUCGUGCUUUUGGGAAAUACUAUCGGUGGGAUUCGGUAAAUGAUGGAAUGAUCGAGAGUGGAUUUAGAAGUGUGGUGCAAGAUCGUUAUUCAGACAUAAUGAGUGAAUAUCGACAUGAAUCUGCAAAUAGAGCUCGAGCGGCCGGUUACAACAUCCCGAACACAAAUAAUGACUUUGCAAUCAUGCGUGAUUUUGAGCCUAUUAGUUUCAAUGAGGACGUAUGGAAGGAUUUGUGUAAAUAUUGGGACACAGAUGCUUGGAGAAAGAAGUCGGUGGCCGGGAGAGCCAACCGUAUGAGCGGUGACGACACCGGUACAGUUUCGAGACAUACAGGGGGAUCCAGGGGUUAUGAUCAGUAUCGACUGGAAUUGCAAAAGGAAUUGAAGCGUAUCCCUACAUUUCUGGAACUUUUUCUUAUUACCCACCUUACUGCAGAGGCCAAGAAAAAAUUCAAGGCUAAAGAUUAUGAUACAAUUCAAGAGUUGGAGUUUUGUACACCUACUGCUAGAGCAAUAUGUGAGAGAUACACUAGUGCCAUGGUUGAAAAGUACGGGGAGGACCUAACUCAACAUCCAGAGGGUGAUGUUGACUUGUGGGUGCAAGCACAAGAAGGGAGAGGCAAGUGCAGACGUAUUUACGGGGUAGGAAGUUCAGAUCUACAUUUCGUUGUCACGGGGACAUCAUCCAACGGGAACAAACUGACCUCUUCUGAGUACCAGCGGUCACAACAGCGGGUCCAGGAAUUAGAAGAAGCUCAUGCCGAAUUGGCCCGACAAAAUGGUGAAAUGGCCAAAAGACAAGCACAAAUGCAAAAAUAAAUGGCGGAAAUGGUCGAGAUCAUGAGACGAUAUGACACUAAUAACCGUCCCGACAAUCCAUCCAAUCCAUCCAAUGCUUCUUAGGUUAUUUGUUGUAAACGUUUGUACGGUUUUAAGACUUCUAUAUUAUCUUUUUGCUUUACACGAUUAUUGAAACUUAUGUUCUAAAGUGUAAACGUUUGUAUGACUUUUAGAUAUAUGGAAUGAACUAAGUUUUUUUGU